GGACCACCAAAGUUAGAAUAUAUCCAUCCCAAUUAGCAAUUCAAUCAACCGUAAAUUAAGAAGUCAGCGUAGGGGAGUGUAAUGAAAUAUAUGGUGCCGUGUGAUAAUGGGUACCCAACACCAACAUUACAUGUCUCGUCGUCUCUCUUUGUUUCAAAACACAGGGGUACAGCCUUCAUAGUUUAUCUAAUUCCGGAGAAACUGAUCACAUUUUGGGGACCUCAUUAAAGUAGCUGACCCCUCGUUCAUGUUCAUUUUGUGAUCGCAUUUCGGACGAACAUAGGCUCGUUAACUGUUUGUAGCGUUCUUCUCAUGGUUCUAUCAAUUAACUGGAUUCUCAUCAACCUCAUCACGUAUCCCUUCCCAGUGGUAUCAGUGUUCUUACAACUGCCACUUACCAGGCUGUUUCCCAAGCUAUUCAUUAUCGAUAAUGGAGUUUUAAGCGGGCUGUGUCAACAUAUUGGUGAUUAGCUCGUCACGCGGCUAGACUCCUCGGACAUUUCUCACACUCAGCUGGCCUCUUUUCUCCGUACAACGCCACUAUUCAGAGACUCUUUAUUAAUUGACACAAACUGAAACCUGGCAAAUCAGCGGAGGGGCCUAACUUUGCUCCUGAUCUCGACAAGCAGACAAUAAACUAAUUUUCUGACAGACCACGUGGGGUGGCACGUGAUAGCAGUGCUGUUACCUGGCAACGUGUACGGACUAUGAACGUAUCACCACGUGACUUGUUCUAUCAAGCAGGUCCAGGGGUUUGUGCAAAAUCGCAACAGUAUUUAGCCUAAUUGGUCUGGGGAGCGAUAGAGAGUGUAUCAAGCGUUCGGUGUUGGUGUUGUGAUAGUCAGCAUACCCGUGGCUAGUUAACCAGUUGUUCAGACACUUUGUCAGUGACUGGAGUGUUGAUUACUCUGGUAUGUUCUACACGUUUCAUACGUCACUCUCUGGGUGAAAUUUCUCGAUAUUUCUGAUGACAUUUUCAUACGAUCCCAAUACCGAUAACGUCAUUGUCCGUUUCUCCUUUGUUAAUCGGUAUCAUUUAUUUUCGCUAGUCUUUGUUCCUGUUAUAAGUUAUUUCUGUUAGUCCCACUCUACCCAGACCAUCCCUCUCCACCCUACGUCACGGGUCCUGCUAGACCACUUCCUUUCACCACCAGGGGUUUUCUCUGGCCGGAUCAGCUGGGCGCCGUGAAGUGCCCAAAUAUUAAUUACAAGGAUAAGGCGGAUCGUUUAAUUGCAAUUAUUUGUAUUGCCCGCCGCUAUCAACGACAACAUUGACCAAUAGAGAGCAAGUAUUCUGGAAACGUACCAAUCAGAGACAAGCUAAUUGAGGUAACUGCUGGCCCCUCUUUUCCUCCUGUCUAUAACGGUUGUACUGUGCAGCAGUAUAUCUGAUCAUCUGCUGUUUUGUUUAAUCUCGAUAUAAUCUGUCCCGAUCAGGUAUUGUCCUCAUGUUAACACCUAGUUAUCAGUACUCGUAUCUCGAUAUUACCAGAUUACUUGUUGUGAUCGUGGAGCGUGUUGCCACGUCUACCGUGUGAAGAGAACUUAAACUUACACCUUUUCCCACAGCUCCGUAUCCCGUUCCCACACUUUCACUGAUUAGCUACUGAUAACGACGUUAAGAAGCGAAGCGGAAUGUAAUGAUUCACUUUAUUAGAUCCACCUACAUCAAUCCUCCUACAUUAUAAUACUCCUACAUCUUUUAUAGAUUACAAUGCAUUACCUAUGUCACUUCUCCUGCUUGACAUUAUCAUUAUUUUAAUGCUCAUCAAUAACUAGCCACACCCACGCUGAUGAUCGUGCUCGUGUCUUAUUAUAUUAUACACAUUAUUAAGCUCCUGGCUGCGUUCUUCAAUCCGCUUUCUAUGGCGAUUGUUCUCGUCUCGUGUCGGCUAUCAUUGCUUAGUUCAGUAUAUAAAUAUCUUUUGUUCAGUUCGCUUUGUGUGUUGCAGUCGAUGGAGGUCAUCACAUGGCAGCGGCAGCGGCGAUUAUUUUGUAUCUGGACGAAUUAGUACUUCUCGUUUUGUCUUAAACGCCUUUUUGUUGUGUCACUUUACUCGUGGUAGAUAAAGAGAAUGACAGCCAUAAUUUGGUGUUUUGUGAGCCGUUUAGAUGAUUGUAAAACAUGUGCUGAUCUCAUUGUGUUUACAUUUAGACCUAUGAUAGUUGCUCAAUGCUCGUAUUGUGCUGCGAAAUAAGGUUAUAGCGGUGGUGUGGAACUAUUUAUAGCAACGGCCGGGAAAUCGGCCGUUUUUUAAAUAAUAUGUUUUGCGAGGACAUCUAGGCGGCUAAGAUAUUAGAAAAUAUUCGUGAAUUUAGUAGAUUUCCUUCGGACUCCGCACAUUCCUUUUAAACACUAAUUUCGGGAAUUUGCUAAAAUUUGUUUGAAUUUGCUAAAAUUUGUUUUAAUUUGCUAGCGAUCACGCACUGUUCUUUCAAUAAUAUCACGCCCAUUCCAGCAACUAUCAUUCUCUAUGGAAUUAUUUGCAAAUCUAAUUCACCGUUCAAGCUUUAACACGCAUUCUUUCUCUCAAAAACAUUUUGCCAAGUUCCUGGGAUGUACCACUUCCUAUUCAAAAUUACUUAUCUCCACCCACGCGACAGCUGGACUAAGGAUAUCACCGCAAAAACUCGAGUUGUGGAAUGUAUUUUUAGUACUGACGAUCCCUUUGACAUUAUUGCGACCCGUGCCGGUGUAAGGCGACAUAAUUAGGUUUGAUUUUCCAGGGGAGAGAAAACACGUUCAUUCCACAUUCCUAGCAAUCUUUCACGGAGGAGAUUCAUUAUCUCGCAUAUAUUGCAAGAAAGAUGAUAAUGUCGAAUACAUACUCAAGUAAUAUAUUAUAGGCGGGUAUAACACGCCUUUAAUUCAAUCUGGCCCCGGUCAACCCUUGGCCUGCAUGUGGCACUCUGAUAACCCUUCUUCGUAAUUCUUAUUUCUUUGCGUACGAUUAAUUAUUUUUGGCCGUUGUCCCUAUUUUUCGGAUAGGUCUGUGUUGUGCUGAAUGGUAAGGGAACCCGAAACCAAACACCAGAGGGAUUUCUGAAACCCUAUAUGCCGAGAUAGAGUCGACUCGGCACACGCUUUACGACAUCCAAUAAUUCGUCCCUAAUUCCAGGGGCUUGUAUAUCAAUGUGGAAGUCUCGGAGCACGCCAGAUUUUAGCGAUAAUUCAUUAUCACACUGUGCGCAUGCUUCUAGUUCUAGUAAGACUGGACCCUUCCAGCGUGCUCCGCUUAUUGUCUCGAUAUAAUCUGCAGACUUUUGCCCUCAGCUUUUCCAACCUCUGCACUUUUCCCUCUCUCUCACUUUAACGUUGCUAUUAUUAACUUGUUAACGGGGUAAAUAAACCAUUCCGCCUCGUCUACACCUAAUUAUAACUCGUGUGAACUAAUUACUGAUUUGGUUCCGUGAUCGGGUUAACGUCUGGCUUCUCUAACCGUUGACAGGACCUCUGUAUAAUAUCAGAUCUGUUCUCACACGAUACUACAACAUUGUACAUCUCCCCGCCUCGCCUGGUCGGCUGGCAGUGUCAUCUCCCCUAACCGGCUGUGUUCAGUGUCCCGCGUCGUAACAAUGCUGUUUUAACUCUUGCCAUAUUUCGUCAACUAAAGUCGAUUCUACUCGGACAUAAUACCAUGACCAUAUACAGUGUAGUCUAUCGGGUCCUGGGCUUUGCGGCUUGUUCUGCUGUACAUGAUUUGUCGCUUAUUUUGCCAUAUGCCGUGAUACUCUUAUAUUGCUACUUAUUAACUUAACGAAACUUGAUGCCACUUUUUAAAACUUUUUCUGUUUUUAAUCUGUCGGUUUUAUUUCAUUUCCCUUAUCUGUCAAAUCUAAAUUGUCUGCGUGACGUUUAAACCGUUAACUUUAAAAUAUUUUAUUCAGUUCCAUAAGAGAAUAUCCUAAAUUGAUUUGUGUCCUGUUGUAAAUCGAUGUAUUUAAGAGUUGCGUCGUAAUCCACACGCCUCGUUUAAAAUUAUCACUUUAGCAAUGAAAUGUUUGACACUAUACCUAAAUGAUUAGCUGAUUAUCUGAUGAUAGAAUUAAGUGUUAAAGAUUAGUAAUAAUUUCUGUACUGAGAAUUCUCAAUUAACCAUACCCCAUUUCUAGGUAUUGACAGCUAUGGAAAUAACAGAAUACGAUCUGGUGACUCAUGGGAACAUUGCCUAUACCAUGUUCUUCUCCCUUGUGUUCCUGUUGGUCAUUGCUGUGAACGUCAUUCUCCUCAUCAUUUUCAUCAGGAACCCAGUCCUCAUCUCCCCUUCCCAACUACUCUACAUCAACCUCUCCUGCACCAACAUAACCCUGGCUCUGUUCUCCAUGACGUUCGGAGUAGUAACUCUCAUCAGCAACAAGUGGAUAUUUCCUGGCCUGGUCUGUCACCUGGUGGGUUUCUUCAACAGCUGCUUCAUACACAUGGUAAUGUUCACUGCGUUCCAUGUCCUCAACGAGCGGUAUCAUUACAGAAUGAACAGUCGACGGCACUGCAAGUUGUACACCACCAAGAGGAUCGGUAUCAAUAUCACCGUGUUCUGGGUUGUCUGCACGGUGUUGUCCGUCCUGCCCCUCAUCCCCGGACUAGGCAGCUACACUUACCACUCUAAUGUGGGAACAUGCCACUCUCCCACCUCCUUAUUAGGAAUCAUACCCACUAUCACAAACUCUAUAUAUAUCGUCUUGUGGCUCUUCAUUACCUUUAACCUGGUGACCUUACCCCGGGUAUCGUUACCAGACGCACUGAAACAUAAGCGAUCUAAAGGUGCCACCUUUCUGCCCCAACUGGUGACUUCUGGGGUUUACACCUUGGCUGCUGUUGCCUCAGUUAUCUUCGUCGUUCUGGACAAAGCAGCAGAUUUGCCAGAAAAUAUAACUGUGGCCCUGGAGAGGACAUCACUUCUUCUCACCUACUCCUCCAUGAUCCUGAUGCCGAUAUCAGUGGUUUCGUUUAGCCCCGAGCUGAGGUUGGGGUUGAAAGAGUUAUUGAAGAAGGGCGGUGACUUGUCUAAAUACGAGCAAAUCGACCAGAGUCAACGCCAACUUGUUUCUCCAGAGUUUCCAAAGAACGCAGCCCAAGGUCAAGUCAUUUAUCCGGACAAGAAUCAGAUGAUACCCCCUCAAGUGCGCGGCUACCCACGACCAGUGUACACUCGACCAGUUCGGUACGAAGUGUACCGUCCCUCCCCCGCCGACCCCCGGUGUGCUCAUCCCAUCGACCCCAGAGUUCCCCGGCCGGUCAGACAGGUUCACAGGUCCCACAGCACAGUGGGGUACAUGCAGAGGCAUCAUCGAGCUCUUCACACCGGACAAAGGUCCCAGUCCCUGAACCGAGUUUCAGAACCCCAGAAUAUCGAGAUGUGCACCAUGAAGCAGAGCGGAGCCUCCGCCGUUCCCACUCCUAGAUCUAUACCUAGAUCUGAGAGCACGGUUCCGUGUGACAAGAUUGCUACCACCGGCAAGGGUAACACGGCUACUUCCAGUGUUGCUUCUUCCUCUACCGUCGCUGAUAUCGUAGACUUGUAAUCAGUGGAAAUUUUGAACCGUCGUUGUUCUACAACUACAGACUGUCCAGUGUCCAGGACUGCCAAGAAUUGAAUUAUAAAUGAAUCAAACAAUCGAAAGACUUAUUUAUUCUGUCUGUUUUUUUUUUGACAAAAGAAUCUUUUGUUACAAAGCAGGUUUAUUUGUAUUUGUAAAAUGUAAUAUUAUUUGAUUUUAUAGUAAGCCCAAAACCUUGA